GAGAGUGGUGAGUCGCUGGAACAGGUUUCCCAGAGAAGUUGUGGAUGCCCCAUCCCUGGAAGUGUUGAAGGCCAGUGCUGAAUCCUUUUGCUAAAGAUGGCUCAGAAAUGGGCAGUCCUGGCUGUGCUCCUUUUCUUGCCAAUCAAUCUGGUUGAAGCUUCCAACAUGGUGAGUGUGAAGGUUGGUCAUGAGGCUGUGCUGAGCUGCCCUUACAUCUUCAAGGAGCCUUUGCUGAUGGUGACAUGGAAGAAGAAAUGCAGCAGUUGCUGUGUGUUGGCCUACAGAAGUGAUCACAGUGAGACAGGGAAGAUAAACUGCAGUGAGAGGAUCAUAUGGAAAUAUUCACCUGACAGUGACCCUGCCCUUCGCAUUUACCCUGUGAACCUCGGUGAUGAGGGAAAUUACAGCUGUGAAAUUAUCAACAGUGAAGGGAAUUUUUAUUUUUCCUCUUCUCUGACUGUGAUAGUCCCUCCUAGAGCGACUCUGAGCUAUGACGAGGGCAGGGGGGCUGUCUGUCAGGCGUCUGGGGGAAAGCCAGCUGCUGACAUCUCCUGGAUCCCUGCAAGUAAUCCCAGCACUGAGGAAGAAAUCCAUCACCCCAAUGGAACAGUGACCAGGGUGAGCUACACAGGCUGGGGCAACAGCACCCUACCCACUGCCACCUGCCUGGUUACCCACCCAGCCACAAACCAGACUCUGUCCAUAGACCUGACAAAUGCUUCCCCCAGCCUUCCCUAUCUCCUGAUAGGAGGAUCUGCCAGUGUUGCUGCUGUCACUGGUGUGACUUUAUGCUUGAUUUGCAGGUGCAGAGCUUUCCGGUCACACCAGUUGGCACAGGGGCCAGCAGAACCAUCUGCAGAAUUGCAGACUAGGAACUCCAAGUCCACACCCUCCCAUGUCUUAGCAGAGGCUACCUACGAGAAUUACAUCCCAGGAUCUAUAUAUAUGAACCAAUAAGAGUGCAGGCACAAGCAGUCUGAUACCAGCUCAGCUACUAAUGAGACUCAGUUACCUGAACUUCUACUGCAACCAAUAAACCUCAGACCUGACCCACAAAGGAAAGCCUUUGUCUUUCCUGAUGGUGGGGGAGGAAAAGCCACUUUGGCACAUUGUUUUUCUCAAUAUAUCAGUACAGGUCUUGAAACAGAUGAAACUUUUAAAGACUGACGGGGGAAAACACCUACCUGAAUUUUGUUUGAAAAUGGACUCCGAGGUAUGUACUACCUUCCCUCAAAACAAUAACUGGUGUAUUUCUGUGCCAGAGAAACAGACUGCUGGUGAAAAUAUAGCACUUUUAAUCCAUUUUAGCAACUGGAUUGUCUUUGCAAUUUUGUGUUGGAAACCAGAAAGUGACACGGGGGACCCCAAAAUAUUGAAGGUCAAAGAAACACGUCCAGAAGAGUCACAGAAAUAAGAGAGUUUAUGAUUUGGUUUGGGGGGAUUUUUUUUUUUUUCCCCUGGGUAGAUAGUUGCAUGUGGCAAAAAAAACCAAAACAAUUUGAAACUCUACUGGAUAUGGAAAUGAGAAAUAACAGUGGACAAUUUUUGAAGAUUCUUUUUAAAGUAAAUGUGCAAAUAUUUAAAUACUUACCUACAGGAUUUCCGUGGCUAUUUGGGUAAAUCUUUGUUGACCAGUUUCCGAGAAGCUGAGAGCACACCACGGUUUUACGGAGAACAAGAGUGUUAAGCUGGGUAAAAUGCAGGUGGUGUGCAUGUUUAAAACAAAGAAAAAAAGCCCCAAUCCUAACCACACCAUUUAUUUCUUCUCAUCCUCGUGUCCCCAAGGUGAAAAAAAUCACACAGACCAGUUGUUUAUUUCAAGUUUCUUUGGUCAGAUUUGUCAAACCUUCCAAACACUAAUGCUGCAGAAACUGUACUCAGAUGAGUGUUUUGAAUGGCCUUUGCUUGCUCACUGCCUCAGGAAGUCAUCUCUGCUCCAUCAGUGUCCUCAGGCUGUCCUGCUGCAGCUUCUCAGAAAAUUAGCUUACAGCAUUGUAGUCAGACUUCGAUUAUAACCAGUUUACUGCCAACAAAAAGCUCAAGUUAUCAACCCAGAGCUCAGGCAAACCCACAUGUUGAAUGCAUUAAAAGAUCUUAGCUGCCUAAUUAUUGUAUCUUCCCUCUGCAAUAAAAUUGGCCCUCAUCCUUUUCAAGCUUGUUGUGUGUGAUUAAUAAAACUUAUUAGGCCAAAGAGAAUAAUGUGGCUAGUGGGGGUGGUUUUACGAAAGGCUGGGACAUGAACAAUGCUUCUAG